AUGGUCUUCAAACCAUUCACCCACCUCGCGCGCCAGUCUUUCACCAAAGCAUUCACCCAUGGAUAUGCUCAGUCGGUAGUCGCGGCGUCGCAGACCUACGCGUCCACCACUCCUUUUAACCCGCUCUCCGUCCAAUCCGCCAAAUUCUCUCGCACAACCCAAUUACAGAAUGCCUUCUCUAAUACCUCCAGCUCGUCCGGCGCUGGCGCAAAGACCAGCUCAGGUGGCUCUGGGGGCAGUGAUGGCGGUCUAGCUGCCUACUACGCUGCGUGGCAGAAUGCGCAGCAAACUGGCGAUGACAGCGACUGGACUCAGUAUGAGUUCAACCGCCGCAUUGGCUGGAAGCCCUCAGAUGAGGCCGAUAUCCCUGAAGACCGCGUCGCGUCCGACUCGAUUCCUCCACACCCCACCAAGGCUGCCGUGAACGACGAUGUGAGCGCUCAGGUAGAGGAGGCAGUGGCUCGGGAGAUCCAGAUUCAAGAGGAACAAGCACAGGCAGAGGAGGCUGCGUUGAGCGCCGCCCCUGCGGAUGUCGCCCAAGUGUCCGAGGCCGCGCAGGUUGCUUCAGACGGCAUUGUGCGAUUGGUCGCGAACAAGAUGUAUGCCGAUAUCCCGGCCGCGUUCGAGGCCUUGCUUCGCGACGGAUUGACACCGACCGUAGAGGCAUACAAUGCCUUGUUGGUGGCUGCUAUUCGUCUUCACCCCGAUGCUGCUCAGGCAAUCCCAAAGGCCCUCGAUGUCUACUCCGAUAUGCUUCGCCGCAAGGUGAUUCCCGAUGAAGAUACCUACGAGACUUUGGUUCACCUGCUGGUCACCCGGUCUCACGACGUCAUCAAGGUUAAGCAGGUCCUCGAGAACCAGCGACUUCGUUUUGGUGGCAUGGAGGAACAAGGAAAAUUCAUGCUCCAGUCAAGCGAGUUGGAACAUGCCAUUCUUCUUGAGGAUACCUCUUUGUCAAUUGCUGUCAAGCUCUUCGAUACCGCCGCCUUGCGCCACAGCCGACAUGCCUUCCCCGUGGAGACUUACCGUCAGCUCAUUAUUGCCUGCGCCAAGGAAGGAAAGGCCGAAGACAUGAUCCGUGUCUAUGCCCACAUGGAGUCCCACAAGGUCACUCCCCACGCUACCAUCUUCCCUUCGAUGAUCACUGCUUUUGCUUCUGCCAGUGAUCUUCGCAGUGCUGUCGAAUGCUACAACGAGUAUCGAGGCCUUGCUGUGUCUGACGACAACGGUGUUUUCAGCAUCGUUGAGCGCCAGGAUGGUCAGGUAUAUGCUGCUUUGAUCCGUGCUUACUUGUCUUGCGACAAGGAAGCUGGAGCCCUGCAGUUCCUUGACAAGAUUCGUUCUUCCUUCGAUAAUGUGACUGAUGGUCGUCAAGACCGGUGGUCUGCAGUGGAGAGCGUUAUCAUCGAGGAGGCGUUUGUGCAACAUUCCAUUGAUACCUUCAAAUACAGCCAGGCCCUGGAACAAGCCAAGGACCAAUUGCAUGAUGUGGCCCGUGAUCAGGCCAUCUCCCGCAUUUGCAUUUCCGCCGCCGACGCCGACGAUCUCCCCACUGCCUCUGCAGCAUAUGAUAGUCUGCCCACUGCACCUGAUGCACGACAGAACCCGGCUAUUUCCCUGCUGGCGCUUCACGUUCGCCGGGGCAAUGUUUCGGCGGCCCGUUCCUUGUGGAUCAUGUUGAACACAGUGGGUCAGGCAACCCCGGAUAUGGUUCAGCCGACAGCUAUGUAUGCGGUCGCAUUGCUCAAGAGUGGAAAUGUUGAGGAAGGUCUACACCAGGCCCGUAACAUGUUCACUCGUAUUCGCAAAGCAUCCGAACAACAGAACCUCGUCGACACCCGCGAACAAAUUGUUGAGUCUCUUCACCUCUUUGGUCGUGUCCUCAUGCAGUCGGCCGCUGUUCUUUCUCCCCAAGCUUGCAUGACACUCCUGUGGUCCAUGCUCGAGAACGGCGGUCUGGUAUCGCCUGUGGCGGAGCACGCUGUCGCCAACCUUGGUCCCAUCGGUAUCUCACAGCUCAAGCCUGCCGACCUUACCCUUGCUCUCCAAGUCCAGGCUGGUAUGUUGGCGAGCAGCAGCUCGAUGCUCUUUGACGUUGCUCACCCAGUUCGAUUUGCCCACAUGCUCGACGUUGCUUUGUCUUCCUCUCUCCCAAUGGAUGUCUACACCACUGGUCUUGUCGAUCAGGCCGUUGGUCGGUUGUAUGUGAGCAGCCCUGAUAUUGUUAAGAAAUGGCAAGAUUACCUGGGUGCGAACACGCCGACCUCGGUAUCGCCUGCCCGUGUGUUUUCCGAGAGCCAUAGCCCUGUCUCCAUGGCUGAGACUUCCAUCACUGCCCCCACUGCACCUGAGUCAUUUGACCCCUACGCCCACGCAACUGACUUCCGCGGAUCUGCCAUCAUUGCCGAGGAGCUUGAGAAGACAAGCGGACGUAUCGAAACUCAUCUCAAUGAGGCCUUGACUCGUCUCAACAACAUGCGCCGCACUGGUCGUCACCCGCGUUACAUCACCUAUGCUAAGUUGAUCACUGCCGCGUCUAAGACUGGCCGCAUGACUCUGGCCCACGAGAUUCACAACAUGGCCCGCUCGGACGUUCCCCUCGACAUGAACUUCACUGCCGUCAAGUACGGCUGGGUCUCCAUCCUCGACGCCAUGGUUGCUGCCUGUCUCACCCUCGGCGACCGCCAGCUGGCUGCUCAGUACCACAAGGAGCUUCUCACUCUCGGAUCUGCCCCCUCGGCCAACACUUUCGGUUUGUACAUCACCACCCUCAAGGAGUCCACCAAGACUUUCGACGAGGCCACUGAGGCCCUCAAGGUCUUCCACCGUGCCGUUGCUGAGGGUGUUGAGCCAACAUCCUUCCUGUACAACGCUCUCAUUGGAAAGCUCGGCAAAGCCCGUCGCAUUGACGAUUGCCUCGCAUACUUCGCUGAGAUGCGUGCCAACAACGUGCGCCCAACCAGUGUUACCUACGGAACCAUUGUGAACGCCUUGUGUCGUGUCAGCGACGAGCGCUUCGCCGAGGAGAUGUUUGAGGAGAUGGAGUCCAUGCCUAACUACAAGCCGCGUCCUGCGCCUUACAACUCCAUGAUCCAGUACUUCCUCAACACCAAGGGUGACAUCAGCAAGGUUCUGGCUUACUACGAGCGCAUGCAGGCUCGCAACAUCCAGCCUACCAUGCACACCUACAAGCUCCUUAUUGAUGCUCAUGCCUCCCUCGAGCCGGUCAACAUGGCUGCUGCCGAGGCCGUUUUGGAAACCAUGAAGGCCAGCGGUCAACAUCCUGAUGCAGUUCACUACGCUUCUCUCGUCCACGCUAAGGGAUGUGUCCAGCAUGACCUCGAGGGUGCUCGUAAGAUCUUCGACACUGUUCUGUCCAACCGCCGCGUCCGUCUCCAGCCCUGCCUCUACCAAGCCCUCUUUGAGUCCAUGGUCGCCAACCACCGCGUCGCCGACACUGAACCCAUCGUGCAGGACAUGCUCGCCCGCAAGGUUGAGAUGACCGCUUACAUUGCGAACACGUUGAUUCACGGCUGGGCCGCUGAGGGCGACGUUACCAAGGCCAAGGCCGUCUAUGACAGCAUUGGCAUCCAAAAGCGAGAGCCCAGUACCUACGAAGCCAUGACUCGCGCUUUCCUGAGUGCUGAUCAGCGCAAGAGUGCCACGACUAUUGUCCAGGAGAUGAUGUCCCGCGGCUACCCUUCUGCUGUUGCCGGCAAGAUCGUCGAUCUCGUCGGUGCUCCUUCUACCCUUUAA